GUUCUUCGUGAGCUGGUCAAGGAAGGCGGUAGUAGCGGCAUCGCGGCUCCAGCUCGAGGUAAAUCGCUUGUAUGGGAGCUUGACGCGGUAAGAAAUGGCGGUGUUCCUGGAUCAAAUAUCGAUCGAAGGUAUCGUUCUACUGGUUUUUCUUCUGGGGAUGGGGUGCGUACACUGCCAGGAAUCAGAUGGUUUGGAUUUCCAGCAGCGACAAGCAGUGGAAGGCUAUGGUCGGAAGUUUGGUAGAUUUGAGCAAGCCAAAGUAGGAGGAGGUGCUGGCUCGAUGAUCUUAGUCGCUGGAUCUGGAACUCUUUUGACUUGCUUGGUCCUGUGUCCGUGUCUUCAAGCCAAGCACAAGGACGACAAGCCUCGUACCUUUCCAAAGGAUGAAUCAUCGAACAUCUCUAAAUCUUCUUCUCCAAAGGAGGGAACUUCUUUAUCUUCGCAACCGGCGUCGUCUUGCAUUAAAAUGAGCACGACAGGGUCGGGGGCAUUGACGUUCACAAUGGCCGAACUUAACCGAAUCACGGGAAGCUUUUCAUCCAGUCAUAAGAUUGGAGGUGGCUCCUCUGGAACAAUCUACAAAGGAAAGCUCAGGGAUGGCACUUUGGUUGCGGUCAAGCGAGCAAAAAGGGACUCCUUUGAGACUCGUCACACCAAGGAGUUUGAAAACGAGGUUAACAUGCUGUCCAGCAUUGAACACUUAAAUCUCGUGAAACUCGUUGGUUAUCAUGAGGACGAGCGGGAACGCAUACUUGUUGUUGAGUACGUUCCGAAUCGAAAUUUACGCCAGCACCUCGAUGAUGCUCAUAACAUUCUUGAUUUCUCGACGAGGCUGGAUAUUGCCAUCGACGUAGCUCACGCUCUCACGUACCUUCACCAGUAUGCAGAGCAGCCUAUCAUCCACAGGGACGUCAAGUCGUCUAACAUCCUGCUCACGGACACCUGCAGAGCCAAGGUUGCGGAUUUUGGAUUUUCGAGAGUCGGGCCUUCGGAUGUGGGAGCAACUCAUGUCUCAACACAGGUCAAAGGCACGGCGGGUUACUUGGACCCCGAAUACCUUCAAACAUAUCAGCUCACAACGAAAAGUGACGUCUACUCGUUUGGCAUUUUGCUCAUGGAGAUUUUUUCGGCAAGGAGACCAAUCGAGCUUUCCAGACCAAGUGACGAGCGCAUUACAAUUAGAUGGGCCUUCAAGAAGUUUGUCGAGGGAAAUAUUCAGGAUGUUUUGGACCCUGCCCUUCCGAAGAAUCCACCAUUGGUGACUCUACUGGAGAUGCUCGCGGAGCUGGCCUUCAAAUGCGCAGCACCUAGCAGGAGAGACAGACCAAGUAUGAAAGAAGCUGCGGAAAUCCUCUGGAACAUACGAAAGGAGUAUCAGGCAACCGUCUCUCAGGCAAGCACCCCGAAGGCUUUUGCGUUCGAGACUCGCCACAGUCCCUUGCCAAGUCCGAUGAAACACUCUCCCGCUCAGAAGCCUCUACACAGUCCACAACAUAGUCCGCUACGCACCAGUAUGGAAAGAAGUCCAUUUCACAAGCCUCAGAAGAAUUGGAGCUGAGAGACCAUCCUCCAUCAGGUUUAAAUAUAUAGGAUGUGCACUUCGAGAGUCACCAGUCUCAGCAGACACCAUUUGUUUUGCUUAGCGCGAACUUCUUCCAGACCUUGAAAGCUCGCUGCGAGUUGCGAAUGUCCUCAAACACGGAAGCCUUUCGUA